AGGAGGAGGAGGGACGCUGACAUCACCGCCGGAGCGCGGCUCGGCGGGGCCGGGAGCCGGCUCCGCUCCGCUCCCGUUCUCCGCUCCCGCCGGUGGAGCCACCGCGCCCGCAGAGAGAGGGAGGUCCCCAGCACCGUGUGGAUGAGGCCAGGCUGAGAAGAGGACUCACAUUUGUACCCUCUACCCCACCUAGCCUCAUUCUUUCCCCUCCAUUUGCCCCGGUGAAGAAACAGCUCCUUACCCACACCUGAGCCAGCCCUGAUGAGUCCCAGCCAUUGGCGUGGCUCCACAGCAAUUUUGGGGUUGGAGGGUCAGGAGCUGCUCUCCAUCUCGGACAUCUUCCAACACUGAGAUUUCCAUUCUGCGUGUGCAGGGAGAGAGGAGCACUCCCAACCCCUCCGCACUGCCCGAGCCCAGCCACCCCUGCCCUGUGUGGGCAGCCCGAGCCCCCGAUGCCCGGCUGGAUUGGGGCAGUGUGACCCACACCACGCUGCCACCAUGGCCUCCUCGGACGGGCUGCAGUACCGGGCUCUCUACGAGUACCAGAAGGACCGGGAGGAGGACCUGGCGCUGUGCCCCGGGGACGUGCUGACGGUCAGCAGGGCCGGGCUGCUCAGCAGCCCCAACUACAAGGACGGGGACGAGCGCAACCCCCAGGGCUGGCUGCACGGUGUCAACGAGCGCACCAAGGAGCGCGGAGACUUCCCCGGCACCUACGUGGAGUACCUGGGUCCCGCACGCAUCGCCACCACCGCCACCAAGGCCAGGCCACGGCCCUUGCCCCUGCCACCCGCUGGGACCCCCACGCCCUGGGGGCUCCCUGGGCAGGCAGAGCUCGCCGAGCAUCCCACCCUCCCCGAGCAGGCGCUGCCGACCGUGGCCAGGCUCAUCGAGGCGCUGGAAAAACAAGGUCUCGACAGUGAGGUGCUCUACAGACCCGGCCCCGGUGCCCUGGGGGAUGCUGAGCUGAAGCAGGCUCUGCUGACAGAUGCCUCGGCUGUGGACAUGGACCUGUAUGAGGCCCAGACACUGGCAGAUGCCCUGAAGUGGUACCUCCAGGAGCUCCCAUCGCCCCUCAUCCCUCCAGCUCUCUACAGCGACUUGGUCCACAUGGCUCAAGAGACCCCAAGCCUGGAGGAAUGUGGCCAGCGAGCCAGAGCCCUGCUGGCCCCCCCAGCCCUGCCACAGCCCCAGGCACUGCUCCUGCGCCAGCUCGCCCGCCACUUCUGCCACCUCUGCCAGGGCACCCACCGGAGCCGCUUCUCACCCCGGCUCCUCGGGGAGCUUUUCGGGGAAGUGCUUCUCCACCCUGUGGCAGCCAGCACCGAGGCAGGCCCUGAGCUCCGUGCAAGGAUCCUCGAGUCCUUCAUCAUGGCCAGCGAGAUGGCAGAGCUGCCGGCAGCUCCUGCUCUUCCUCCAAAGCCCCCCAAACCAAUGACUCCAGUCAAUACGAAUGGAAUAAAGGACAAUUCCAGCUUCUCUCUGCAGGAAGCAGAAUGGUACUGGGGGGACAUCUCAAGGGAAGAAGUAAAUGACAAAUUACGAGACAUGCCAGACGGAACAUUCCUGGUGCGCGACGCAUCAACCAAGAUGCAGGGAGACUACACUCUGACCUUACGGAAGGGUGGCAACAAUAAGCUGAUAAAGAUCUAUCAUCGGGAUGGAAAGUAUGGCUUCUCUGACCCACUGACGUUUAAUUCAGUGGUGGAACUCAUUAACCACUACCGCAAUGAGUCUCUCGCGCAGUAUAACCCGAAGCUCGAUGUGAAGUUGAUGUAUCCAGUGUCCCGGUACCAGCAGGAUCAGUUGGUGAAAGAAGAUAAUAUAGAUGCAGUAGGUAAAAAACUUCAAGAAUACCAUGCUCAGUAUCAGGAAAAGAGCAAAGAGUACGACAAAUUGUAUGAAGAAUAUACCAGAACAUCACAGGAAAUCCAGAUGAAGAGGACUGCAAUCGAAGCAUUUAAUGAAACUAUUAAGAUAUUUGAGGAGCAGUGCCACUCACAAGAGCGAUACAGCAAAGAGUACAUUGAGCGAUUCCGCAGGGAGGGGAAUGACAAAGAAAUUGAACGGAUAAUGAUGAACUAUGAAAAAUUAAAAUCCCGCCUGGGUGAGAUCCAUGACAGUAAAAUGCGCCUGGAACAAGACUUGAAGAAACAAGCUCUGGACAACAGGGAGACUGAUAAGAAAAUGAACAGCAUCAAGCCUGACCUAAUUCAGCUCCGCAAAAUCAGAGAUCAGUAUCUUGUAUGGCUCAAUCACAAAGGGGUGAGACAGAAGCGAAUAAACGACUGGCUGGGGAUCAAAAAUGAAAAUAUUGAUGACACAUACUUUGUGAAUGAAGAAGAUGAAAACCUACCACAUCAUGAUGAGAAAACUUGGUUUGUUGGAGAUCUCAACCGUAUCCAAGCAGAAGACUUGCUCUGUGGGAAACCUGAUGGAGCAUUUUUAAUUCGCGAGAGUAGCAAGAAAGGAUGUUACGCUUGUUCUGUGGUAGCUGAUGGAGAGGUGAAACACUGUGUGAUCUACAGCACUCCGAGAGGUUACGGGUUUGCAGAACCGUACAACCUGUACAGCACACUUAAGGAUUUGGUUCUUCAUUACCAGCAGACAUCUCUUGUCCAACACAAUGAUUCCCUAAAUGUCAGGCUUGCCUAUCCUGUCUACGCACAGAUGCCCCCCUCUCUCUGCAGCAGCUUCACUGCGAUUCAGCCGGACUUCCAAAAGAGGGCUUGUCUUGAGGUAGCAUGGAAUUUGGUGAGAGAAGACCAAAGGAAUUACGGGAAAGCUUCAGGUUUUUGUUUAAAUGGAAAAAUGCUUGUAAAAGGAAAGUUGCUUUAUUUUUUUUUUGCCAACAGUAACAAAGUUUUGGUUUCAAUGGCACUACAGGUCUUCGCUUAAAGGAAACAUAACCAAAUUGAACAUGCCAAAACUUUGUUUGUUGCUAGAUUGAACACUUACAGGGGAGGUUGCAUUAGCAUCCACACAUACUUUCUGCACCAAAACUUGAAACAAAUAAAAGGAAAAGCUAAACAUUGUGUGGCUUCAACACA